GCAGAAGUAAGGGUCAGCUGGCAGACACAGUGAAGAAGACAAGCCUUCAUCUGAAGACCCCCAAUGACCACCUGAAAACUCCAACAGGCAUGCAUUUUGGCGACCAUGGCAGGACACUGUCUGGCUGCUGGAACCUCUGAGUCAGUGACUACCUAGGCUGGCCCCAGAGAGGUUCUCUGGAGGGACUCACCAAUUCAGCGGAUCCUUACAGGGACAGACAAGGACCUCUGGUAAGGAUAAGGCAUUCUUUUCUUCUUCUGUUCUGAGACCAGUCAUUCUGAAGCUGCCCCUAAGUCUCGGUUCAUAAGAACCUGCAGGGCGGCAUACAUUUGCACGUAUGAUAUCUAUUGAUCCUUGGGGUCAUUAUUGUCACCUGUUGGUGCAUUUGUAUCUGAUUCUGUAUCUGAGUCUGAUUUUAUGUUACAUGCAUAUGCCUGAUACAUGCAUAUCUGAAAAUUUCUGAUUCUACCUCCUACUCCUUACCCAGCCGCACCUACCCUCCUGCUUCGGCGAGGAGAGUUAGAAAGCAAGGGGGGGAUUGGAAUCUCCAAACUUUGUCUUGGUUUCCUUAAAGUCGACUUUUGCUAUCCAGGGUUAUAAUUACUUUUGUUAUUAUUUUUAUUUUUUUAAUUUGUGUUAGUAAUGGUUAGUUUUGUGCAGCGUUCAUUUGUGUAGUGUUCGUGUCCCAUCCAUCUCAGUGUUGUGUAAAUACUAAGUCUAAAUGGGGAAUAAACAGAGCGCAGUUAUGAAAAAAGAGUCCUUUGGGCUGUAUUUUAGCCCACUGGAAAGAUAAUUGGGAACCACCAGGGAGAAGUGUGGACCAUAAGAAGUUAAUUAAAUAUUGCAAUCAGUGGUGGCCUCUGUAUAAGCUCAAUGGAGAAAAGUGGCCCCCUAAUGGAACUUUAAAAUAUGAUACCUGGUUGCAACUCAUGUUUUUCUGUGCCAAGAAGGAAAGUGGGAUGAAGUGCUUUACACAGAUAUGUUUUUCACUUUGCAGAAUCACCCUGAAUGGCAGAAAGAAUGUGGAAUUAAUUUAGCACCCCGGGACCCUAUAAUCCUGGUGUUAUAAAAAAGAGAAUAAUAAGCAAGAUGGAAAAUUAAAAAUAUGUUGUUCAUUUUGUAGUAUCGGGCAGAGGUGUUUAAAGAUUAGUUCACAAAACAAGGGAUUGGAGGAAUAUUGGCCUCCCAUCACCUCCACCGGGGGAAGGCACUGCUAUUGAUGAAUCAGAGGUGAGGUAAAGGGAAGAAGUGGGUGCUGUAUUCUCUCCCAUUACUACUAGAACUCAAAGUAACAUGGUACCUGUUAUACAGGCUCCACUAAAACAGGCAAUGGGAGUGGGGAGGAACUAGCUAGGAUUAAAGUGCCCUUCACAUUUGCAGACCUAGAUGGCUGGAGAGCAACUGCGGGGAAUUAUCAAGGUGACCCUGAAAAGGUUGCUAAAGGGUUCAAAUUGAUUGUUAAAAACCAGCAGAACAUGGAUUGGGAGUGUGUGGAUGCAAUGUUGGAUGCAGCGUUCAGUGAGUCAGAAAAGCAAAUGAUUGUGAAAGCAGCCAGAGCCCAGGUGCAAGUUCAGAUUUUGGCUGGAAGACUGCUGGGAACAGUACUGUACCGAAUACUGAAGGUUCAUGUCUUCUAAGAAGACAGCACUGACAUUCUUGAGACAAUGGAGCAAUAGUUAUUUUGCUGAAAACGUGGCCAUAUUAGUGCCUGCAAUGGCAGAUCAAGUCACAAAGUACAGGAUACGGUUGUGCCAGAAAUGUUCAUAUUUUUCUCAUUUUUCUUUUCUGUUCAGUUAUUUUUCUUAGUUUUUUUUUUUUUUUUUUGGCGGUGAUUUGUUUCUUUUUGAAAUGAGUGCUAUUCUGAGCCAGUUUUAAGGCCCUUGGACAGAGCUGCCCGCAGGGACGUUCUCCCCUCAAAUGCAGCCUCGGCGCGGCUGUGAGGUCACAGAGCCCUGUCAUGUCAUGAUGGUCAUAAUACCGACCACUCAGCCCGCAGCCCCCGCUGCAGCACCAGCACCAGCAGCAGCAACACCAGCACCAGCAGCAGGGGCAGCAGCACGGUGCAAGCACGGGGCCAUGGCCCCCACCCACCACCUCCUCCUCAUCCUCCUGCUCCUGGUGGCCCUGCAUGCCAGGGCUGCCAGGACAGCUCCGUGGAAAGCGUGGGGAACAGGUAAGUGGGGGACGGCUCGUGCAGCCUUUCACGGGCCAGAGGGCUCUUCUCCCCAGGAAGCGUGGAGGAUGAUUUUCUCCCUCCAGUGCUUUAGCAAGGGCUUCCUCUCUCUCUGUGUGAGCUCUCCCGGUCAGAAAGCCCCGAGGGGCCGUAUGUUGGUCCAUCUGCUCCUAGAGGUGCUGCACAUGGCCUGGAAAGAGUGUUUGCAGAGGUGCCCUGUCGUUACGAGGGGCCCCUUUCCAGUGCCUGCAGUUCCCUAAGGCAGGCGGGGAUCCCAACAUGCAAUGGAAAUGUUUCACAUCUGUGUCUGCUUCUAGAUGAGGCUGGUGGCAAUGGUUACAAGGCUUCUCAACUCAAUGGUGACUGGGAAUCUUUGGGCCAUCCUGGAGGUAAGUUCUCAAUGUCCAUUUUGUUGAAAGAGUGAACACUGACAACUUGGCAAGAGUUUAUUCACGUGCAGAUCUCCUGAAGACCCCCUCACUGUCCACGGCUUCCCAAUGUCUUUAUCUAGUAUUCCUGUCCUCCAGCCUGAGAGCAAUCUCACGGCCGUGCCUGUAGGCGCAGGUGAUGCAGCUUGGCAGCUGGGUUCCAGGACGGCGACUGCGGGAGAUGGCACGGAGACAGACCCAGAGGCUGUGCAGGAGUCGGCGUUUCCAGGAGGAAGCAGUGGCUCACGGCCCGCCUCUGCCUCAGCAAGGGAGGCGAUGCAAGCCCCCCGCAUGCCAGUGCUGUCAAGUCUUGGAGAACGCCACCAUGGCAGAGUAUAUGAAUUUUUUCAAACAAACUCAGGUGCGGUCGGCGAAACAUUCCGAAGUUUUUCCCGUCCCCAGAGUAGCACAACUCGUUUCUGGACCCAAAAUAUGGAGAGGCGCUGCCUGAUUGGCACUGUAGUAUUUGUGACUCUGCUGCCACUUGCACUGAUACUGUGGUGCGUCUGCAUCUGGAGGUGCAGGAGGAGAAAAGAACAUGCCCCUGCAGCCUUGGGACACGAGCUGGAAACUGGCAGCUGCCCCUCGCACCCGGACAACCCGACCAGCCACCCCGGCACCCCUGAGACACAGACCCAACAUAAGCAGCUGCAGCCCCUGACUGCGAAACAGGCACACCUGCCCUCCGCUCGGGCCCCACUGCCUCUGCUUCACCCCAGCCCAUCCCCGAAUGCCCUGAAGCCACAGAACCUGCCCAGCUACCCGCGACGACAACCCAGACAUCACACUUGCCCCCAUGUCCAGCUGCACAGGAAGGGCAGAAUGACGCAUUGUAAUGCUACGGAUUAUAGAUGUGGAGACAGAGCCCCCCACCCACACCUUCGGGGCCAGCCCUUUCACCCCCCCCAUGAAGAGGGACAGAGUCGGUGCAUGAGCGUCCACGUGGCCCUAACAGCCAAACCCCACGAGGCACCAAGCACUGGCUCAUCUCCACGCCCAGCUGCGGCUGUGGAUAUGCCCACUAUGUCCACUCGCGGUGGAGGCAGGCAGGAGCCACGCACGGGGGGCUCCUCUGACUGGCAUGCACAGCCCCCGUGAGCUGGGGAAGCGU